GAGCAAAUCUACACACACUCUAAAGGGAACUGUUUUGGCAUUCAGAUUCGUCUAUCACUUUUUACUGCUGUAGAAAGAAAAAGAAAGGAAGCUAAUGCACUGCUUACUUUUUGCAGCUACUGAGUUUUUUCCUAAAAUCUUCUGAAACUUGAACCUUGCUGUAAAGGGGAGACCAGACCACUGAACCCUACCACCCAGAGAUGGACAUAAGACAGAACUUUCAUUUUUAAGACUAUUUUGCGCCCAGCAAGGCACAGAAUAAAAAAACUGGAUACCAGCUUGGACAUGGUUACAGUAUCUCAAAAUAGCAGAUGACCAGUUUGCUAUACUGACCAUGCUGGCCUUUCCUCAGGACCAUCCUGGACCAGAGAGCAACAGGGAACUCUCGCACCGUACACAAUUCCUGCACAAAAUACAGCUCCUGAGUACAUUCUGUUGGACACAAAAAUGUCCAGUCCUUUAUAUUCCUUGAAAGGGUUUGGAGCUGUCAACGGAUCUUUGCCACCUCUCUCAGUAACAGGAGCACCCAAGCAGGACUACCUGAGUGACGAACAAGGAAACAAACUGCGCUGGGCAGCGUUGCUGACCCUCCUGGUGAUAAUUCCCACCAUUGGGGGGAACAUACUUGUCAUACUGGCAGUGUCUCUGGAGAAAAAGUUGCAAUAUGCCACCAACUACUUUUUGACAUCCUUGGCGGUGGCAGAUUUGCUCGUGGGUCUGUUUGUGAUGCCAAUUGCCCUUCUCUUAAUACUAUAUGACAAUACCUGGCCUUUACCUACUGCCUUGUGUCCUAUCUGGCUCUUCCUUGACGUCCUCUUUUCCACAGCUUCCAUCAUGCACCUCUGUGCCAUCUCACUAGACCGCUACAUUGCGAUCAAAAAGCCAAUCCAGGCUAGUCAGUACAAUUCCUGGGCUACAACAGUCAUCAAAAUCAUCGUGGUUUGGCUCAUUUCAAUAGGCAUUGCAAUUCCGAUCCCUAUCAGAGGCAUUGAAGAUGGAAAUGGCAACUCUGCAAACAUCACGUGUGCCCUGACGCCCGAGCGUUUUCAUGACUUCAUUCUGUACGGAUCAGUGGCUGCAUUCUUCAUUCCCCUUGCAAUCAUGAUCGUCACCUAUUUUCUGACCAUCCAAGUGCUGCGCCAGAAGGCCUACUUGAUCACCAAGCCACCUCAGCGUUUCACCUGGUCAACAGUGUCCACAGUAUUUCAGCGUGACACAACACCUGCCUCCUCACCAGAAAAGGUGGCCAUGCUAAAUGGCUCCAGAAAGGACCAGACUGUGUCCAUGGAAAUGCCUAUCUGCAGGACAUCUACGAUUGGGAGGAAAUCCAUGCAAACGAUAACUAACGAACAAAGGGCGUCAAAAGUUCUGGGGAUUGUAUUUUUCCUUUUCCUGUUGAUGUGGUGCCCAUUCUUCAUAACAAACAUAAGUUCAGUUCUUUGCAAUUCCUGCAAAAAGGAGGUUUUUCAAAAGCUUUUGGAGAUAUUUGUUUGGAUAGGAUAUGUAUCCUCGGGAGUGAACCCUCUUGUGUAUACACUCUUCAACAAAACAUUUAGGCAGGCUUUCAGCAGGUAUAUCACUUGCAACUAUCGGACCACAAAGCCUAGCAAGGCCCUUCGGAAGGGCUCCAGCAGAAUCUCUUUCAGAAGUUCUGUGGCAGAAAAUUCCAAGCUCUUUGUCAUGCAUGGGAUGAGAAAUGGGAUUAACCCCAUCAUGUACCAGAGCCCAAUGAGGCUGAGGAGCUCACCCAUCCAAGCAUCAUCAGCCAUUCUGCUGGACACAUUGCUGCUCACCGAGAACGAAGUUGAUAAAACAGAAGAACAAGUCAGCUAUGUAUAGUGGAAUGGCAGCCAUGUCCAUAUCAUUGCAUUCCUGUAUUAUUCUAGGUAACUGUGCUAUAAGAGGGUAUAAAUACUAUUGUUUUCUGUUAUUUAUGCAAGCAAUAUCUUAUAAAUUUAUAUUAAUUCCUCUCCUCCAAAGUCUCCUCUACUUUAACCCCAACCCUAUGGUGGCACCCACAACUUCAUUCUGUGACAAAUGACUCCUGCAGAACUAUAGCCUACAGAAGAGGGAAAUAAAUAAAAGC